CAUCCCUCCAACCACCACUCUGGAUCAUUUUCACGAGAAGCUGCAGACGGCAACAGGGAGUUGCUUUGUGGAUACAGCCUUCUGGGGAGGUGUAAUUCCUAAUAAUCAGCUUGAACUGCGGCCCAUGAUCCAGGCUGGAGUAGCUGGCUUCAAAUGUUUCCUCAUCCAUAGUGGUGUGGACGAGUUUCCCCAUGUGUCUGACUCUGAUCUACACACGGCCAUGAAGCAGCUGCAAGGCACAGGAAGUGUCCUGCUGUUUCAUGCAGAGGUAGAUGUUGAGCAAACAACAGAGGAGACAGCUGACCCUUGUCAGUACUCCACUUUUCUGCAGUCCAGGCCAGAUGUCAUGGAGAUAGAGGCCAUUCGAACUGUCACAGAACUCUGCCUGCAGUACAAGGUGCGGUGCCAUAUCGUUCAUUUGUCCUCUGCAAAGUGUCUGAAACUGAUCCAGGAGGCGCGGCUGGCCGGGGCCCCGCUGACGGUGGAGACGACCCACCACUACCUCAGCCUGUGUGCUGAGAACAUACCUGCAGGGGCCACGCAGUUCAAGUGCUGUCCUCCCAUCAGAGGAUUAGAGAACCAGGAGCAGUUGUGGUCAGCACUGAAAGCUGGGCAGAUUGACAUGGUGGUGUCUGAUCACUCUCCCUGCACCCCUGAUCUGAAGAAGCUGGAUAGUGGAGACUUCACUCAGGCCUGGGGAGGAAUUUCUUCACUGCAGUUUGGUCUGCCUCUGUUCUGGAGUUCUGCCAGAAACAGAGGCUUCCAGCUGUGUGAUGUGGCGAGGCUUCUCAGCCACAGAACAGCCCAGCUGUGCAGUCUUGACAGCCAGAAAGGCAGCCUGAGCCCCGGCUAUGAUGCCGACUUGGUUAUAUGGGACCCAGAGAGAGAAUUUGAGAUUCAAGAGGCAGGUAUACAUCAUAAAAACAAGACAACUCCUUACCUUGGCACCACACUGCAUGGCGUGGUGUGUGCCACCAUCCUCAGAGGACGGCUGGUGUACAAAGAAGGCUCCUUCUGCCCCGAGCCUCUGGGCAAACACCUCCUCAUCCCACAGAGGGAAACUCAAGCCCAGCUCUGAAGCGUUGUAAUGACUGACCAUCGUUUCUGUCACACCGAUGAAACAUUUCUCAUUUGAGAAAGAACUGGGAACACCUGAUGGUUUGAUAGAUUGUUAAAGGCAUGGUUGUAACGUGUAAUAAUGUCAGAGUCACUAUAUAUUAAAAUGUCUACAAUUGUCCAUCUGAAGAAAGUUACUGAAACAUCAGUAAAAGCGUAAUUUGAA